CCGGGGCCGGCGGGAUCCGGUGUCGGCUGCAGCUGGCAGUGCGGCGGACGGGCGCGGGCGGCCCGGGGGGCCAGCUAUUAAUACCGCGGCCGCCCAGCCAGGGUCGCGCAGCCAUGGCCAGCCCGGAGCCCCGGCGCGGCGGGGACGGCGCCGCCGAGGCCGCGAGGAACAGAAGAGCAGAGGCCACUUCUCUUCAAGAGGAGAACUCUGAAUCCCCGUCUGAGGUGAGGACCUGGAACCCAGAAGUUACUCUGUCUUUGGAAGGGACCUUGAACUUAGAGGAUAUUCUCUACCCGGGGGACACAGGUGACUUUGAUGUGGCUAUGUACGUGGAAGAGACCGAGAAGCCUGAGGAGACGCUGCAUAUUGAGGAGACCAGGACACCUGAUGAGGCCCUGUAUGUGGAGGAGCCAGGAAAGCCAGAGGAGAUGCUAUAUGUGGAAGAGCCCGUGAAGCCGGGAAAGACUACAAGCCCAGAGCAGAUGGUUUAUGGGGGAGAGACAGUCCCGAGCGAGGAGAAACCUGACCCCGAGGAGAGCCUCAGAGCUGAGCCGAGUCCCAGCACAGAGGGGAGCCUGAGCACAGAGGACCUGGAAUUGCUGGAGGGGCGUUUCCAGCAGUGUGUCCAAGCCGUGGCCCAGCUGGAAGAGGAGAGGGAUCAGCUCAUCCAUGAGCUUGUGUUGCUUCGGGAACCAGCCCUGCAGGAGGUGCAACGGGUCCACCACGACAUCCUGGCUGCCUACAAACUGCACGCCCAGGCAGAGCUGGCGAGGGAUGGGCUGAGGGAGGAGAUCCAGCUGGUCAAGCAGAAGCUGUUCAAGGUGACGAAGGAAUGUGUGUCCUACCAAUAUCAGCUGGAGUGCCGCCGGCAGGAUGUGGCCCAGUUUGCCGAGUUCCGGGAAGUGCUGACCACCCGGGCAGCCCAGCUCUCGGAGGAAUUAGCCCAGCUUGGGGAUGCCUAUCAGAAGCAAAAGGAGCAGUUACGGCAACAACUAGAAGCACCUCCAAGCCAGAGGGAUGGGCACUUUCUCCAGGAGAGCCGGCAGCUCUCUGCCCAGUUCGAGAACCUCAUGGCAGAGAGCCGCCAGGGCCUGGAGCAGGAGUAUGAGCCUCAGCUGCUGCGGCUCCUAGAGAGGAAAGAAGCUGCGGCCAAAGCUCUGCAGAAAACCCAGGCCGAGAUCCAGGAGAUGAAGGAGGCUCUGCGACCCCUGCAAGCAGAGGCCCUUCAGCUCCACCUGCAAAACAGGAAUCUGGAGGACCAGACCACCCUUUUGAGGCAAAAACGAGACGAGGAGGUGCAGCAGUACAGGGAACAGCUGGAGGAAAUGGAAGAACGACAGAGGCAGCUAAGAAGCGGGGUGCAACUCCAGCAACAGAAGAACAAAGAGAUGGAGCAGCUAAGGAUCAGCCUUGCUGAAGAGCUCUCAACGUACAAGGGCUGUUUAGAAACAUAUGGCCGAAUCUGUAACCAAGAAACAACAAAAACUUCUUAGCAAAGGAUCACUAAGUACCCUUUGGACAUACUUUUUUCUAAACCGAGAAGGGAGUGCCAGGGAUUUGGCAAGCAGUUCACUCUGGGAAAGUUACAAAUACUACUGGCUGACCUGUUUAAAAAGAUUCUAGGGCUGGCUGAAGGCAGAAUACUAUCAGUCAACUCUUAGCUGGAUUCUAUUUCAUAGGCUGCUGGUACUGAUUUCAAUGCACUGAGGAAUGGAAAAAUAAGUCUCCUGUCACCCAUCAGCAACCCUCCACACACACAAAGUAAAGGAUGAAUGUAUGGACACACCUUGCUGUAUUGUGAAGAAUGUAUCUUGCCUUCUGUUGACCCAAAGCAGAAAGUUUUUCAGGAACACAGGUGGAGUCAAAAAGGCAGACGAUUUUCCUUAUAUUCAAGUUGACCCCUGAACAACGUGGGGGUCAAUCUGCAUAUAACUUAGUUGGCCCUCGGUAUCCGAGGUUCCUCCACAUCCACGGACUCAACCAACCACUGCAGGUAUAGUACUGUGGUAUUUACUAUUGAAAAGUAUGUUAUAAGUGGACCUGUGCAGUUCAAACUCACGUUGUUCAAGGGUCAACUGUACAUGGGUUUACAAUUUGAAUUCUUUUGUGCCAUGAAUGUUAGACUUUUUUUUUUUUUUUUUUUUUGCAGUAUGCGGGCCUCUCACUGUUGUGGCCUCCCCCGUUGCGGAGCACAGGCUCCGGACGUGCAGGCUCAGCGGCCAUGGCUCACGGGCCCAGCCGCUCCGUGGCAUAUGGGAUCCUCCCAGACCGGGGCACGAACCCGUAUCCCCUGCAUCGGCAGGCGGACUCUCAACCACUUGCGCCACCAGGGAGGCCCGAAUGUUAGACUUUAAUUGAAUCCCUUUACAAAGUUUACUUUUCUUUAAGUCUGUGCUGAUUCAUGUAGAUUUACUCUUGUCAUGGUAAUUUUCACUAUACUCUAAAAGAACUACUGACUUAGAAAAAAGAACCAAUCCAGAUUUCCCCAAAGAUGAUUUUGAUUUUUCACCUCAUGAAAAUGAUUUUGGGUCAGAGUGAUCUACUCAGUUAAAAUUGGGUGAUUGAAGAACCAGGCAUUUUACCUGGUUAUGGCACUUGGCUUUCAAGAGCCUAUUUUUCUAACCUCUAAGUAUAGGCCCCAGUGAAAAAAAUACUGGGGAGAUUCAACCUCUCUAUGAGAAAAGGUCAAACACCUUUUCCAAAUUUAAAUUUUGCCUUAAAUUCUCUCUGCCACACUGCCUCUGACAUUCUUGAAAGUUCAUGUAGUUCUCUAGAUAGACUUCAAAAAGAUGUUAUUUUAUCAAAGACUAAUCUGUGCACCUCUGAUUCAGUAUUUUGUGUCUUUCACUUUCCCUGGGAAGGAGUAAAGCUCUUUGCUAUACCUCUGGGUCUAUUAUAUUUAAUUCUGCUUUUGGUAGUCAAAGACCAUAGAAAAUAACUGUCAUCUGAACAACUCUUCUAGAAGCCAGAGACUGGUGUUUGAUGGAUAUUAUAUAUUAAAUAAAACCCAUCAGCGUGGGGUUAUGUAGAAAAGCAAUUUAUUCCAUUAUAAGCACUUACACAGUUAGUCAUGGAGAGUAACAGGCCUGCUGGUGAAACAGGUCACCCAAAAUAGAGAUGGUAUCAAACUAGUGGUCAAGGACUAACUCCUUUAAAAAAAAAAAAAAAAAAAAAAAAAAAGCAACUCUUAUCCAGGAUUAAUUUAAUUUUAAAAACAAAUACAAGCUAUUGAUUCGCUCUUCUCAAUUUAACUGGACAGUCUACCUGUGGUAUAACUGUCAGGUAAAAACAUACAUCUUUACAACUUGGUGGUCCCAAGUUUUUUUUUUUUUU